AUGUCAUCGACUAUGCACAUUGUCGCUCUGAUAGAUAAAAAAUCGCGACAGAAUGGUAUAGAGGUUGGAAUUGGACGGUAUCGAUUUGAAGAAAACCAAUUCGGAACUAUUCGUUAUAAAAUAUCACCAAGUGCCAGGCAAACAAAAUAUUGUCUUCCAUUCUCUGAAGGAGAUGUUGUAACAAUGGUUGGAAAAUUUUCAUAUGAGAUUGUUGAUAAAAUAGAAUGCUUUACGAUCAAUGUAUCAGUUGCAACGCCGUUUAUGAAACCAUCAUCGGGAUGUUGGGAAUCGGAGGAAAUACCAUUAUCAUCACCAUAUUUGAGUAUUUGUACUCAACCUAUUCCUGGUUCAUUACGUCAACUUGAAAAUUCACAAUUUGUUCGAACAAAAUCAUCUAUUGAUAGUCAUCAUCAUUCUCGUCGUUCAAUUGAUCAAAGAUUUCGUAUUGGUUAUCAAGUAGAUAAUGAUCGAUGGGAUAAUAUGGCAGUAAAUUGGGAAUUAUAUUCACAAUUUUUUAUUUCAGGAUUUUUUCUUCAUGCUGAUAAUGGAGAAUUACAUAUUGAAGCUACUGAAUUAGAUUUUGAUCCAUCAACAAGAAAACAUGGAAAACAUUUAACAACAGGUUCAACUAGUUCAUCAGUUGCUGGGAUUAGUCCGUUAGCUAAAAAUUUUGCAAGAUUAGUAGAAAUGGAAAAAAAUCCUCCAGGUUAUAAUUAUUCAACUAUUAUGUCAUCAAGACCAUCCGAACAUUCAUUCGUUAAACCUUCACACAGAAGUCCCCCUGUAAAUGCUAUACAAAUGAAUCCACAUGAAACAAAUAAAGAUACAUUAGAACAAGAUUUUUAUAAGGGUAUACAAGCGUAUCAACAAAUAAUUCAAAGAUAUUCUAAUCAAGGUAAUCAAGGUCCAAAUCCAUCAUCAUUAAAUAGUCAUCCAAAUAUGAGUGGUUCAGAACAACCAUCUGCUGAACAAAUAGCAGAAUUAAUUUCGGAUCAAGGUACGCGUCACGAUAAAGCUGGUACUUUCUUGAGGAAUUCAAAAAAUAAUCAUCCACUUCCAAAACAGAUUCCAAAUAUUUCAGUAUGGCAACUUCCACCACAAGAUAUUCAUUCAUAUUCACAAUUACAUGAUAUACGUCAUCAACCAGAUUCAACACAAAGACCACGCGAUAAAUCAACAUCAAUUCAACAAAUGAGUUAUGAUCAAUCAUAUCAUUCACCUACAACGUCAAAUGAAGGAAUUUCAACUCAACGUGGUGGUGGUAAACAUAAAAAAGAUAUAACAAAAUCAGGAGGGUCAACAACACAUAUGUCAUCACAAAAUGAACGUGAAAAGACUCCAUUAACACAAACUGAUAUAACAAUGUUUUCGGUACCUCCAAGACCAGAAUCCGAAUCAGGUGAAUCACAACAUGCAUCAUCUGAUGCUAUUGAUUCAUCUAAUAAAAGGAAAUCUACAAGUAGAAAAAAAUCUCCAAAUUUGGAUAAAUCAAGAUCACUUCGAUCAGUUACAAGAGCUACUUUAGGUAAUAGGUUCAUAGUUUAUGAACCAAAAGUUGGUCAAGAAGAUGAAUUUGUAGGAAAUAUUAAUGAUUUAAAUAUUAUUGAUGGAAAUGAUAAUGCUAAAACAAGUUCAUCACAUUCUAAUGCGACAAAAAGAGGUCGAAAAAGUAAGAGUGGUGAUAUAACGAAUUCAGGGAGAUCACAAAAGAAAUUAAAGAGUAGUAACAAGAAGAAUAAUGAUGUUGAUGGUGAUAUAAAGAAUUUAACUGAUGAUGAAAGUAUAGGAGGAGGAGGAGGAACGGGAAAUGAACCUACAAUGAAAGGUGUAGUAGAACCAAGUGAAGUAGGGACAACUGAAGUGGAACAGACUCAAACGAUUGAAGAAACAAAAAAUGAAAAGGAAUAA